GGCGGGCGGGGCAGCCAGCGCGUCUUUUCGGAGCGGACCGGAGGCUUCCCGGGACCCUGAGGACCGAGUCGCCGAGGCACCGCCCGCGCCUCUCCAUCGCGCCCGGGUUGCUUCUGCACCGCGCGGGGAAACCAGCUCCGAACCUCUCCCGCGCCGCCACCCCUUGGGGCCAGGAGCGGGGACACAGAGUGCGCGGGACUCCUGAACCCCAGCUCAGUCUCCUCCGGCACCAUGACCCACUUCAACAAGGGCCCCUCCUACGGGCUUUCGGCCGAGGUCAAGAACAAGAUUGCUUCCAAGUAUGAUCACCAGGCAGAAGAAGAUCUUCGCAAUUGGAUAGAAGAGGUGACAGGCAUGAGUAUUGGCACCAACUUCCAGCUGGGCCUCAAGGAUGGCAUAAUCCUCUGCGAACUCAUAAACAAGCUACAGCCGGGCUCUGUGAAGAAGGUCAACGAGUCCUCACUAAACUGGCCUCAGUUGGAAAAUAUUGGCAACUUUAUUAAAGCUAUUCAGGCUUAUGGCAUGAAGCCACAUGACAUAUUUGAAGCAAAUGAUCUUUUUGAGAAUGGAAAUAUGACCCAGGUUCAGACGACGCUGGUGGCGCUGGCAGGGCUGGCUAAAACUAAAGGAUUCCAUACGACCAUUGACAUUGGAGUCAAAUAUGCAGAGAAACAAACAAGACGUUUUGAUGAAGGAAAACUAAAGGCUGGCCAGAGUGUAAUUGGCUUGCAGAUGGGAACCAACAAAUGUGCCAGCCAGGCAGGCAUGACAGCCUAUGGGACUCGGAGGCAUCUUUAUGAUCCCAAGAUGCAGACGGACAAACCCUUUGACCAGACCACCAUUAGCCUGCAGAUGGGCACCAACAAGGGAGCCAGCCAGGCGGGGAUGUCGGCACCAGGUACCCGGAGAGAUAUCUACGAUCAGAAGCUAACAUUGCAGCCAGUGGACAACUCGACUAUUUCCCUGCAGAUGGGGACCAACAAAGUUGCUUCCCAGAAAGGAAUGAGUGUGUAUGGGCUUGGGCGGCAAGUGUACGACCCCAAGUACUGCGCUGCCCCCACAGAACCUGUCAUUCACAAUGGAAGUCAAGGCACAGGAACAAAUGGGUCAGAAAUCAGUGAUAGUGAUUAUCAGGCAGAAUACCCAGAUGAGUACCAUGGCGAGUACCAGGAUGACUACCCGAGGGAUUAUCAAUAUGGCGACCAAGGCAUUGAUUAUUAGAGUCACAAAGGUGGUCAGUAUUUAGUCCAUUGAUUUUAUCCAGUGAGAACCAAACUAGCCUUGAGUAAUUUUUUAUCUUGUCUUCCUAAAACUAUUAUGCUUCUUGUACCUUUAAAAAAAUUGCCUUACAUACAUUCCUUUUUCCUUUUUCUGCCUCUUCCCUAAAUAGUUGCCUUUUAGUGCUGUAACAGUUAAAUCCUACAGCCUAGCCAAUAACCUGCAAAUGAAGUAAAAAGGAAUACUGUGAAAGGGGAAUCCUCUUGUACAGCCAGUUCUUUUAUUAAAGACCUAUGCAUUUUUACAAUCUUACACUUAAACUGGUAUUUUCAAACAAUAGGAAAGUUGUUUUUUUUUUUCUUAAAGUUUAGCAGAUCUGGUUUCUAGAUGGAAGACUAAGCUCAUGUUUAUUGCUACACGUGGCCUUUGCCAACUAAAUCUAAGAUGCAGCAUUUUAGAAAAUUUCAUACCAAUGUCUACAGUAUUGUUUGCUAAUUUUUAAAUAAAGUCAUGAUUGGUGUGCAUUUGUGAUUAGACGUGUACUCAUUCUCUUACUAAGGCUGACAGAUCUUGGCAGAGUACUUAGGCCUGAGGGCGUGCGGUUGAAGUCUUCAUUUGUGCCAAUGUAUCAAUGUGGAGUUGCUCUGUUUUCUUCAACUGUAUUUAUUGCUGCAUUUCUCAGCAUAAACUUAUCCCAUUGUAUUUUUUAUAAAUAAAUAUUUUUUUUGGAACAUU